UAGGAAUCCGGAAACUUCUAUGCCAGCCAUCGGUUUCCAAGGAGACGGCUUCCCGUUGUUUGGUUGAUAUAGCGUAUAGAUUAGUUUUGCAAUUUUGCUGCCGGGCAUCCAACGGAUUGUGGGGGAUUAAAAAUAUCUUCAUAUAGCUAUAAUAACAAGAAGUUGUUGGUGAAUUUGUGACGAAACAUCAAACGGCCACCAUGCUUCGCUGCUCUGGACUUCCGUUACUGCCGGGUAACUCGUUUCCUGAGUUGGGACGAACGCGAUACCACAAAUCCCACCAUUUCGAUCAAUGGAAUCGAAUCUGUAUGCUGGCCGAUAAAAAACGGCCAGGCAUCGGAGCAACACCGCUUACUCCGGCGGAAGGUCCCGAGUACUGUUUGCCUUCACUUUAUCCACCUCGCUCAGGUCCAUUGCUUCCCUCCUGGUUGACCUACGACAAGAAGGUCCUUUGCUUCCAUGCGUACUUCCAGGAAACCCUAUCCGAGGUUGACCGGAUCCCCUAUCAGGUGCGGAAAGUAAAAAUUCUUUACUAUCUCGAAGACGAUACCAUGCAAGUGAGCGAGCCAAGAACCAUGAAUUCCGGCAUCCCUCAAGGUUGUCUCGUUACUCGGCAACGGAUACCUCGUCCACCUCCUUACGAUGGGGAGUUUACCUCGCUGUUGGAUCUAAAUAUCAAUCACACGGUGCAGCUGUUCGAUCGCGUGUACACCGUAACCGGAUGCGACGAGUUUACGCGUAGUUUCCUUUACAAACUGGGCGUCUCAGUGCCGGAAUCGGUGGAACCACCAACUGACCCCAACACCGAAGCUCGCAAGCAACAGGACGCGGCCAAGGUAGCUAAGCGUCCGGCCUACAAGGUGGACACUUUAGGCAAGUUUCUCCAGAACGAUCGCAAGGUGCUACGGUUCGAAGCCUUUUGGGACGAUCGGAACAGUUUGUUCGGGGAUUUGCAUGAGCUGGAAGUGCUGUACCACACCAGCGACGAUACCAUCGAGAUCAAGGAAAAAUUUCCGAAAAACUCGGGACGCGAUUCUAGCGGGAUGUUCUUGAAACGAAGUCGGCUGCCAAAGAAAUUUGAACGGUUGCCUGUGCUCGGGGAGAAUACUCCGAUUACGGUGUUGAAUGUGUUGGGUGGAGGUUUGAAGGGUGGAAGGUAUAUAAACGACUGUGCGUUUAUUGGGAAAAAUGCGGACGAUUGCUACAAAGACUGCGAUCUGGUUAUUGGGAGAAGUAUCAACGUUUACGGCCGAACGGUGAUCUUGACCGGAUGUGACAGUUUUACACAAGACUACUACAGGACUAAGUUCGGCGUUGAAGAUUUUACGCCGAUUCUGGGUUACAGUGUGACCAAGCCAGGCCCUAUGGUGGGCUACCGACGUGAACGAAUUUUACCACCCUACAAUGGCUACGGUUCCCAUGAGGAUUCCGAAGGCAACUGCAAAACCGUAGAACCGAAACCACCGAAAAUCGACUUCCGCAAGUUCAUUGUGUACGACCGGUGCAAUCUACGCUUCGGGGCCCGGAUGAUCUCCGAUAUCAAGGAAAACAACGAUCGAUUCUUCGUGAUUACCUACUACCUCAGUAAUGACACAAUUUCGGUGUAUGAGUUGAUGAUCAGGAACUCAGGAUUUUUGGGUGGCGAGUUCAUAAAGCGAUGUAAGAUGCUCCUGCCAAAUCAAGACAUUUUUACACCCAGUCGUCCCAAAUGUUAUCAAGCAUCGGAUCUGUAUCUUGGAGCCACAGUGAUUCUACAGGACCACAAGUUUAACAUCACCACAGCCGAUAUAUUUGCGCUACAGUUCAUGGAAGGUCAUUGCGAAGAAUUUCCACUGUCCAAUGUCUCUAGAAUCGUCCAGAAGAUACGUUCGGCCUUGGAGCCGAUCUACAAGGAAUACGUUGCCAAAAAUAUGGGCAAAGUGGUCCACAAAAAAAUCGAUGAUCGAUCGGUGGCCACCGUUACCUACGAGGACGUUCGUGACAUGUUAAAGGAGCUGUUGGGUGAUCAAAUAGUAGAACAAGAGAUAGUGACGAUCUGUCGCUUCUUUUCGGCUGAAUCCAAAAAGGCGGACCUCUGCGAUAGGGAAUUGGUUCGAUCGGCUAUCCAUGGAGAGUUGACGCGUCAACUUUGGGACAACAUCGAGCGUACUAAGGAGCACAUUUACCAUCUGGAUCCCUGCAACAAUGGUUAUACCAGUGCCAAGAAUAUCAUCACCACGAUUAAGGCUUGUCGGAUUCCUCUGGACAACGCUUUGAUCGAUGCACUUUUGCAGAUUGUCCAUUACAACGAGUGUGGUGACGUGGAGAUCAAAGACUUCCUGUGCAUCCUGAACCCACUGGCAGUGCCCUGUAAGCCGUUGCAGCCUCUAAACAUUAAGCAUGAUGUCUGUUAUUUUACUCCCUACAAAGUGACCGGCAACCUGGUGGAAUGGGACCAUCUGCUGUCUAGUAUUGAUCUCGAGAGCAAUCUUUCCAAACAAACAUCGUAGAAUAGUUUGGGUCAGAUCUUUUUUCUAUUUAUUUGUAUAUCUUUUGCAUUUUUGUGUAGAAUAAAUUA